AUGGCUCUCCGCAGGGCUAUCCUCGUUGUCUUGCUGGGGGCGCUCUCCGCCCUGGCCAUCCGGCCAAACAGCGGGGAGGCACGCGGGAUGAGCUCCAUGCUCUACAAGCGGAAGCGCGACAAGCAGACUGACAAGGAGCGCACAAACAUGCGUCCUAUCAUUGGGGUUGUCUCCCAGGAGGGGGAUCCUGCACCCAAGGGCCACACCUACAUCGCGGCCUCCUACAUCAAGUUCUUGGAAGCUGCAGGAGCCCGUGUGAUUCCGAUUCUGGCCGACAUGCCCCCCGAGGAGGUGGAGCGCCGAUUCAAGCUCGUGAAUGGUAUUCUUGUGCCUGGUGGUUCUCAGGUCCUGCGGCCUGGCCAUGGUUUCUAUGAUGUCACCUCCAAGAUCUUUGAACUCACACUGAAGGCCAACGACCAUGGCGACUUCUUCCCUCUGCAUGGUACCUGCCUUGGGUUCGAGACCCUUGCCGUGAUUGCCUCCAAGAACCACAGCAUUCUCUCAGAGUUUGACGCCGAGAACCUGCCCUCGCCCUUGUUCCCCACUGACAAGGCAGAGAAGAGUGAGUUUUUCUCUGUGCUGCCGCACAAAGUGUAUGAGAACCUGCUGACCAAGCCCUACGCCAUGGAGAACCACGUCAAUGGGCUGGCAUGGACUGCCAUUGCCGAGAAUCCCACCCUGGUGGAUUUCUUUGACGUGCUCACGCUGUCCAUCGACCGGGGUGGCCGAACCUAUGUCAGUACCAUGGAGGCCAUAGACUACCCAAUCACCGCCACCCAGUGGCACCCAGAGAAAAAUGCCUACGAAUGGACGCUUGACAAGGACAUCCCACAUAACCCAGAGGCCAUCGUCAUCACACAGGAGGUCGGCAACUUCUUCGUCAACCGGGCGCGACGCAACCAGCACAACAUCGCCAACCAUGAUGAUGAGGUGGACCUGCUCAUCUACAAUUUUGACCUCGUCUACACUGGCAAGGCUAAGUUCGAGGGGGAGGAGGUGGACUUUGAUGAGUCCUACUUCUUCCCGCCCUGGGAGAAGGUGCGCGAGGUAGAGGAGGCCAAGCGUCAGGCGAGGAGCGCCUGA